CUUUAUUUCACCCUUAUAAAAAUGUCGAGGUACAAUACUUGCACUUAAUACAAUUCUAUUUUAUUUAACAAGCAGGUCUACAGAUGGCUAGGUGCUCUUUAAAGUGUUUUACAUAUCUUCUUUGAUUUAGGUAGGCUGAGGUCCUGAUAAAUCCAUUGUAAAUUGAAAAUAUCGUAAGUUGAAAAUGCAUUUAAUGGGGAAACAUCAUAACUUAGCCUCACCUAUCUUAAAUGUGCUCAGAACACUUAACCUUAGCCUGCAGCGGGGCAAAAUCAUCUCACGCAAAGCCCAUUGUAUAAUAAAGUGUGGAAUGUCUCCAGUAACUUAUUGACGACUGUGUGAAAGCGAAUGACAAUUCUCACAGGGUUACGGAAUAGCUGCAGAUGUAAGUUGUUUAUCCUUCUGAGGGCAGAGCUGAGCGGGAGCUGUGGCUGUUGCUGCCCAGCAUCAGGAAAGGAUGGUACUGCUUAUCGCUAGCCUGGGUGGGGAAAGAUCAAAAUUCAAAAUUCUACGUAAAGUUUGAAGGUAUAUCCUUUUUGCACCAUCCUAAGGUCAAGAAAUCCUAAGUCCAACCACUGCGAAGUCCCGGUUGUAUGUAUAUUUCCUCAUUUGAUUUAUUUCAUAAACUUCUGUUUGAAUCAAAUGGGGUGGGGUAGGGGCUUUGUGAAACGUGACUUACCUCGCAGCCGCUUCCGCCUCCCCCUUUCCCCACCCCGGAGAGGGGGGACUAGGGAACGAAGGAAUUGAGCUGCUCCGAAGGCCAAGGCCGCCUCCUACUUCCCGCAGUUGUCUCGCCAGGCUAGAUCUAGGGGCUGGGGGUCUCCACCUCUCCUAGAUCCAGUCGGUGGGAGGGUGGGUGUUUUUUUCCGGGUCACUGGCGCACCCUCUCUACUCCCAGCCACCUGCUCGGGUUCCAUCCCGGCUCCAGGCUCUCUGGAGGGCGUCAGGGACAUUCCAAUCCUCCCACAACCGCGCGGAUGUCGCGGGGGAGGGGGGCGCGAUUGCUCUCCCUUUCCAGCACCCAGCUUUGACCAGAUUUCUUCUUCAAUUUCUAGUGACCUGAGUAACCCGUAGAGGAGACUUAGGAUGGAUGAAUGGAUUGAACGUUGUUUGUUUACAACGCACCCAUUGACGAAUCCGCAUCUCUAGUGACAGAGGCACUUUCUGGGCACCGUCUGCGCUUUAGCAGACAACUGCAAGCCAAACAGCCAAGAUGCCUCCUCGCCAGACCAAAUAUGGUCACAAGCGCUAAGCAGACUCCCGUGGAAAGGCUGGCCUUGUCUCCCCGCGCCAGGGCGCACCCGAGCCCGCCCUCAGGCAGAAUCUCAGAUCAGUGCGGCGCUCUGCGCGCUCCAGGCCUCUCCGCGGCGCAGGAAGGGAGGGCGCGGCACCCAGGACCGGCCCUUCCUCGGCCUGGGCCGCUCACUCGCGUGCCCUCCGCCGCCCCCAGCCUUAGUUUCGGUCCACAAGUCCUUGAUUAAACAGGCGCAGGCCACUUUCCCUUUGAUCCCGCCCUAAGUCCGUAGUAAACUCAAAGGAAUGCAGGUCCAGGGCUCCGCGGGAGAGGUCCGCGCGCCCGGGAGGAGUGGGUGGGGGGCACCGGUCUCCUCUUACCCAGCAAAGUACCUAACACGCCCAGGGGUUUCUGGAGCCGGGUGGGGGAGGAGACGGUGGAGGAGAAGGAAGGGGAGGGACGGGAGGAGGCAGGCAGGCUCAGGACUUGAAGGUCAUGCAUAAUUCAACAGCUCAACUUUCGGGCCCGCCUCUUUUCUGGGAGUGGGAGUUCGCUCCAAACUUUGUUUAUGGGACAGUCCGGGAGCCGCGGCGGCCGCGCUGUCUGCUUCUCCUCCGCCUCCUUCUCGCGGGGCGCGAACGCCUGAGGCCAGUUCGGGGGAUGUGAGAGCCGAAGCCCCUCGGCUGCCAGGCUCCGAGUCGGGAUUUGCCAGCCGGGCCCCAGCUACAUCCCCGCGAGCUCGGGACGCACCCGAGCGACUGAGGCCCGACGGCGAGUUCGGGCGGGACGGCGGCUGCCGCACGCCCAGACUCGGCUUCGCUGCGCGCCCAGAAGAUGAAUCCGGCCUCGGUGCCCCCUCCGCUCCCGCCACCCGGGCAGCAAGUGAUCCACGUCACGCAGGACCUAGACACGGACCUCGAAGCUCUCUUCAACUCGGUCAUGAACCCCAAGCCUAGCUCGUGGCGGAAGAAGAUCCUGCCCGAGUCGUUCUUCAAGGAGCCUGACUCUGGCUCGCAUUCGCGCCAAUCGAGCACCGACUCGUCCGGCGGCCACCCUGGGCCCCGGCUAGCCAGCGGCGCCCAGCACGUCCGCUCGCACUCGUCGCCCGCGUCCCUGCAGCUGGGCACCGGCGCGGGGGCUGCAGGCAGUCCAGCGCAGCAACAUGCGCACCUCCGCCAGCAGUCCUACGAUGUGACCGACGAGCUGCCGCUGCCCCCGGGCUGGGAGAUGACCUUCACGGCCACUGGCCAGAGGUACUUCCUCAAUCACAUAGAAAAAAUCACCACGUGGCAAGACCCUAGGAAGGCGAUGAAUCAGUCCCUGAAUCCGAUGAACCUCCACCCUGCUGCCACUCCCACCCCAGCACCCCAGAGGUCCAUGGCCGUGUCUCAGCCAAAUCUCGUGAUGAAUCACCAGCACCAACAGCAAAUGGCAUCCACUACCCUGAGCCAGCAGAACCACCCUACUCAGAAUCCACCAGCAGGGCUCAUGAGCAUGCCCAAUGCAUUGACCACUCAACAGCAGCAGCAGCAGAAGCUUCGGCUUCAGAGGAUCCAGAUGGAGAGAGAGAGGAUUAGAAUGCGCCAAGAGGAGCUCAUGAGGCAGGAAGCCGCCCUCUGUAGGCAGCUCCCCAUGGAAGCCGAGACUCUAGUCACUGUUCAGCCUGCUGUCAACCCGCCAGCCAUGACCCCAGACAUGAGAUCCAUCACUAAUAAUAGCUCAGAUCCUUUCCUCAAUGGAGGGCCCUAUCAUUCGAGGGAGCAGAGCACCGACAGUGGCCUUGGGUUAGGGUGCUACAGUGUCCCGACGACCCCAGAGGACUUCCUCAGCAACGUGGACGAGAUGGACACAGGAGAAAACGCAGGACAGACACCCAUGAACAUCAAUCCUCAGCAGACCCGUUUCCCCGAUUUUCUUGAUUGUCUUCCGGGAACAAACGUUGACCUAGGAACUUUGGAAUCUGAAGAUCUGAUCCCCCUCUUCAAUGAUGUAGAGUCUGCUCUCAACAAAAGCGAGCCCUUUCUAACCUGGCUGUAAUCAGUACCAUUGUAACUUGGAUGCAGCCGUGACCCGACAUUUCCUGGGCCUCUUGGAAAAAGCAAUGGAGCAGAGUAAGUCUGCAGGUAUACCACUUUCUGCCUCCAUGACUCAAUGCUCCCUCCCUCCUUUCCAUGUGGCCAGUUUAAUCAUCGCCUGGAUUUGACAGUAACUCAAGUGAAACAUAAAUAAAUAAAUACUCUAUUUUCAUUUUCUGCAGGCCCGAAUUCCUGUGAAUCCGGGGCUGUGCAGAAUUGUUUCUGCAGAAUUGAUUACACAGAAUUGCUUCUCUGUUUUUCUAUCUGCUGCCCCAUGACUAAGCUUUAGGGGUGUUAGUUGAAAUUUAUAUGUCAAUUGAUUAUAAGCCACAGAAAGCUGACCACAGGCAGUGACUUGUGACAGGCGGCUCGGUCCAGGAAAUGUACAUGAAAUUAAACCCGAUUUACAGUUUCAAAAACUGUAUUGAUGACAGUAGUACCAAAUGCUUUAAAAAAUUAUUUAACUUGAGCUUUAAAAAUCAUUGUAUUGAUAGUAGAUCUCUGCUGUAUGGAAUACAAUGUAGUUUUGAAUCCAUGCUGGUCCUGAUGGUUCUUUUACUCUGUAUUUGCAAAGGCACACAUGGUCUUUUGUACUUUGUCCUUUAUCAUUACUCUACUGCGUAGCGUCUAGACAACUUGUCCUUCUAGCAGGAGAGGAGCAGGAACGUGAGACCAGUUUGGUACUAAUGAUGAGCGUUUAUUAAACAAAACUUUUUUAAAAUUACAGGUUGGAUUUUUUUUUAAUUGCAGCUUAGAACUUGAUGUUUCUUUUAUACAGCACAAUCAUUUUGUAGCCGACGACAAAGGGCAGCCAAAUGUUUUUGAUAAAUCAGUGGCAACUGUAUUUUUGUCUUUUGAAAAGCUGUUCUGAAGACAUCAGGACAACAUACAUAGCUUUCAAACUGAUGGCACACACAGGAAACUGUUGCUUUUUAAAUUCUGAAGGCUUAUCAGUUUUGCUUUCAAGAUUUCAAGUGUUUAAAUAAUCUUAUCUAUGAAACUGUUUGAAGGAUGAAGCAGAUCUCUGACUGACGUGUAAAAAAAAAAACGCCCUCUGAGGGUGUAUGGUGGAGACUUACGUUUCUGAAUUCAGUAAAAUUGAUUCCUAAGUAUGUUAUCCUAACCCUGUUUGCUACAGUUGGUAUAAAAAGGCAUGAAAUAUGUACUCAAUACCUCUUAUGUAACCAAAAACAUUUUUUAUUAGCUUUUAAGGACUGAGAGAGAGCAUCAGGUUCAGCCGGCACGUACCUCUGCCUGCAUUGCUGAUGAAGUCCUCGAUUGUUUAAUAUUUUGAACUGACAUUAUUUAUAAUCUAUGAAUUUAAUAUCUUUUUUGAAAGACAUUAAUAAUUCAGGUCUCUGAGAGGAACCUUCAAUUCCCACGGGGGCUUAUCUAUUGGGGAUCUUCCAUAAGAUCCUUUCCAAUCUACCAGAAUACAGACAGGCAGAAUACAUUUUAUCUUGUUGGAAAGAAGGCAAGUGAAAAGGUCAGAGAUGAAGUAGUAAAGUCACGGUAUAUAGUGGAAAGGACUAGAUGUGAAAUGGACAUUGACAAGUGAUGAUACCCCAGAAGCAAGACAAGCAGGAGGUCAGAGAGGUGCCCCGAACGAACAAAGCAACAAUUUUCUACUACAACUUUCCUACCAGUAGACUCUGUUGUAGGAGAAAAGGCUUUGGUGCACUUUAUGUGGAAGAAGGAGGGGAAGGGCUGGUGUUGCCCUGUCCACGAUGCUGAGCGUGUCUGUGGACAAGAGCAUAACGCCCGCUGUUGCUUCCGACACAAUGAAGUGAUUUCUUUUUCCCGAAGGACCCAUGGUUUAUGUUCUUCUGAUUCCUUCUCUCUCUAAGCGCUCUGAGAGAGACGGGGGUAGAUGUUUAUGUUGCUACUAAAUUGAAGGGAGCACUAUUUCUAUUUCUCUUUUGUGAGCAGUAAGAGUUGUACAUUCUUUCUAAGAAAAACAAAAAACAAGGGACCUAACGAAACUGAGCAGUGUUACUGUAUUUUUUAAAAAUAUUUUUAUAGACUCAUUUUCAGGUUAUUAAGUGUAAAAGAAACAGAUACCCUCUUUUUUAAAGUAGUUAAAACAUCGAUGAUUUGUAUUAUCAAUUUUUAGAAGUAAUUUCCUAGUAAGCUUGUGGCAUUAGAAACUACUAGAAGAAUUUUUCUUUAGUGAAAUUAGUUGGAACAUUUAUUAAUGAACAUAACAAAUAUUUUUCCAGAAUUAAAUAUGAACCGUGACUACGUGUUUACUUAAUAGACAAAGCCAGAUGUAAUUUUUUGUUUUGUUUUUAAGGCCAUAAAAUAUGGCCUUUGUUAAAGAACACUAAAGCUAGAAAUCUAAACGUAAGAACAACUUUUUAAAGGGUAUUUCCUAUUAUUGUAAGUGUUAAAAUCCCUGCAGAAUUCAUGACAAGGUGCUAUUUAUAUUUCUUAUUAUAAAAGAAUCCCAGGAUGUCUAGUCUUUUUAGUCCUAAAUCAGCAAAUUUCAACAUUUCAUCCAAUACCUGUGCCACAGAAAAGGCAUAUUAACAAUUGAAAUGGAAAAAUAAUUUCAGAGAUCUUUCUUCCCAGGUAUUUUUUUUUUUCCUGAUAAAACACGUUUUCUUGAGGUAAAUACAUUGUCAAAACCUGUUUGCAAUUCUACUAAAUCUAACUAAUUGCUAGUGUUUCCCCAUAGUAUUCAGGAUGUGAAAGGCCAUUUCUUUCACUGAUUGCCACAUCAGGGAGGCAGGUUAAACAGAGUGGGACAUUCAGUGUGUGGGGUGGGUGCUGUUGACCCCAGCGUGGUAGAAAAGCUCUCUGUAGAAGGUGAGAGAAGUGUUGCUAAUUAUAAGUUGUGUUCUCAUGACAUCGUUAGACAGUAACUUCUGAAAGUACAACUUUUCUGAAGAAAAAAAAUAAGCUGUUAAAAAAGGAAAUUGUGGAUUAAUUUCACUGGGAAAAUAGGCGAUUGACAGAGACCGUUUCCCUAAAACACUACAUCAUUUAUGUGCUAGUACUUUUAAUUUCUUUUUUUUUUUAAGAAAAUUUACUUCUACAUUUUGUAAUACGACAUAUGUGUGUUUAUUUUUAAUUUAGAAUGUGGUGCGUACAGAAGGUAUGCGGCCAAAUCAAUCAUAUCAAACCAUUUUACCUGGAGUUUGGUACUGGUUUUUACUUCUCUGAUUCUGUAUAAGAAAAAUAAAUACAACUCAAUUUCCACUUGGA